AUGUACACAGACUUCCAGUCAUCGACAGACCGUCGGGCAACGCAAUCUACAUCCUCACUCACAGACGGAUUCUGCGAUUUCUGGUUUUUUUUUAUCAAGUCAUAUCACAGACAGGAUUAUGUUGGUAUGCUGACGAUAACAGACUUCAUAAACAUUCUACAUAAAUAUUACAAGUCUCCAGAGGCACGAAUGGAUGAACUUGAAGAGCACAAGAUAGAGACUUGGCGGGAGGAGCUGAAGGACAAACAGAAACCGUUUGUGUACAUUGACCCGGAUGCUAGUUUGUUUGACGCUAUCAAGACAUUGAUCGACAAACAUGUACACAGACUUCCAGUCAUCGACAGACCGUCGGGCAACGCAAUCUACAUCCUCACUCACAAACGGAUUCUUCGAUUUCUGUAUCUUUAUAUCAAUGAACUACCAAAGCCUAGCUAUAUGCAGAAAACAUUGAAGGAGUUGUCCAUAGGAACAUACAACAAUGUUAUCACGGCAACAACAGACACACCGCUGUUCAAGGCCCUGAACAUGUUUGUGGAACACAGAAUAUCGGCACUUCCUGUCCUCGACGCUAACAAACGUGUCGUCAAUAUAUACGCCAAGUUUGACGUCAUCAAUCUGGCAGCGGAGAAGUCUUACAAUAACCUAGACAUAACAGUGGAACAAGCUUUACAGCAUCGGGAACAGGAGAAUUGGUUUGAGGGAGUUGUGACGUGUCAGGAGACUGACUCACUAGAUUCUGUCCUGGAGAAGAUUGUCAGAGCAGAGAUCCACCGUUUGGUGAUCACAGACAAUGACAUGCACGUGGUUGGCAUGGUGUCUUUGUCCGACAUACUUACGUUCUUAGUUCUCACGCCGUCAGGAUUUGAACCGUCGUUAAAGACAUCCUGAUUUCUACUGUAUUUGAUGACUUGAAUAACUUAAUGUUGACUAGUUCAACUUAGAGGGAGGCAGUGUGGGGUAUUGGAGCUGUCAAUCACCAAAGUUGGUGAGGCUUCAGAUAUACCGGCCAAUUACUAAGAGUCGAUGCAUCAAUUGGGCGAACCAUGGAGAGGAGGACGGUCAAGUGUCCAUCACAGCACGACGUUCCGACCAAUGGAAGGAGCUUCAGUGAGGAACAGGAUUGAUUAUAGUCGAGGCAGUGAAGAUGAUGGAGACUCUAUAUCAUUCUUUCAUAGGUUUUUUAAUUGGUCAGACAUCAUUACACCAUGAUUUAUAUCAAGAAUGAUAAUUAAAACAUAUUUAAGAGUGUAGAUAAUUUAUUACUAUUUUUCUGAUGAAUGAUUUUCUUAGAGGCUGACAUGUGGUCAGGUGAUGAUCGAGCUUCUAUUCACUUUCGUCAGGUAUUUUGAAUAUUUGAGAUAAGUUUAAUGUCGCUGACAGAGCCGAGGAUUUCAUUUCCAAUAGCGAGAUGUGAUUUUGUCUGAUAUGCUCAAAUAUUUGUUCAUCAGUCAAAAUGUCACACAUGUAGAUGGAAAAAUCUACAAAAAUGAAAGAAAUGGCGAACAUCAUAGACAGAAACUCACCAUAUGGUACGGAAGUAUCAAAGUCUCAAUAUCAAAUAUUAAGGACUGGAAAUGACACUGAUAGAAUGGUCUGGAUGCUAAUGAAAGGGAAGUAAACCAUAAUAAACAGCUAGUUGUUCAGUACUUGUAAGCUUGAAAAAUUAUUAAUUUUUGUUUCCUUUUUUCCCCCCAUCAUUUGAAAAUAUACAAAUACUGCUCGUACAUUUGGUUCAUGUUUUGACGUCUUCACUUAUGAUCAUACACAAUGUAUGCCAUCUUAUAAAGGUCCUGGGCGUUAGCAACUUGGGAAAAUUAGCAUGAUUGCAGAAUUUAAAAUGAUCACCCUUCAGAAGGAAUCAAGAUUAAAUUUGAUUUGUUCUACUGUAAAGAGUAGAAAUUGGAUGCAGAAUAUGGGAAAGUAUGUGAAGUAGAUCAGAAUCAUUAUAACAAAAUCCAAAUUCCAAAUAACAAAGGGAUAAGAUAUCAAAUUUCUGAUCCAAAUAUCCCUAGAUUCAGUAAGCCUGUGGCAUUAUUUACGUUUUUGUGUAAAACUUUCUAUACCUUUAUCAAUAAUAUUACUCUUUUUUACGUACUUGAUUCUGUGAACCAGCCUUCUGUAUUUAUGUUACCAUCAGCAUGCAUGUCUUACUUUAUACUAUCAUCCACGUGAUAUUUAAGUUAAUUGUUCGAUUCAUGACAAGAAAUAUCAAUGAAAACAAGUAAUCAACAGUAUUUUGUAUGUUCAACUGAAGUCUGUAUGUUAAAGCACAUUACAACUGUAGGAUUAAGUAUAUCAUAAUUAUCUCAUGUAAAGAAAUAUAAUAGCAUUAAUUUAUGGUAAUAUUUUAUUAAGCUGAAAGCUUUUAACAAUGUCAUAUUAUAUUAUGUUGGCUUUUCAUCUAAAUAAAUUAGAGUUUUUAUUUGAUCAUGUUCACAAUUAAGUGACGAGAAAUUGAUAAAGUAGACAAAAAACAGAGGUAAUAAAAUAUGAACAGGAAAGCAACAGAAAUAACAGUUCUUAUUUUCAAGAAGUAAUGUAGAAUUAUUUUAUUUAUAUGUGUCCACUUCAUAUCAUAUGAGUACUAUUUUUUACCUUGUCAAAUUAAACUUGAGAUGUUUCGUUCGUUCAUUGGGAACCAGGACUGUUGUAUCUAAAGGACGUUUUCUAUGGUAGUGUUGUGCUCAUGGCCUUCAGACUGGGCUCUGUAUAGCUCCUAAAGGGUUGGGCCCUGUAGGGACAGUUAAUGUCAUUGUGGUGAUCUGCAAGGACUCCCGUUGGUAUUGAGCUCACAGCCUCAUUAAGUGUUAAGCUCCUGAAGUGUUGAGCUCGGGGCCUUCUGAAGGGAAAUUUACUGAUAAAAACCAUGUGUAAAACCAUCUGUAAAACCAUGUUUAAACUUGUUGCCCGUUUGUUUUUAAACAAUAUUUUUUUUACUGAUCUGAUUGAUUUUAGUUUGUAAACCAACUUUUUUUCAUGAACAAUGAGUUGCCCAAACCUCCUAACCCCAAUCCCAAAGAAUUUUUUUUAUAAGCAAAGCUACCUACAAAAGUUUAUUUACAACUUAAGUUUCUUACCAGUAAAACAUUAUCUUAAACAUUUUCAAGAUAAAAAUAGAAAAUGAAAGUUGAAUUACUGAUUCAGGAAAAAGCGCCUUUGUUCAUAGAUCUGUGAAAAAUGUGUUGAUCCUGUUAAUAUAAUAAAUGUACAGUCUUCAGAAAGUAUUGAGCUUUUUUCCCCUUCAUAUUCAGGAAGUGUUC